CAGAGGAGGCCGAGCGGCCUCUGGCAGAAGGAGGCCAAGAUCCUCUUCUUGGGGCUCGACAAUGCCGGCAAGACCACGUUGCUCCACAUGUUGAAGGACGAGAGAUUGGUGCGGCACCAGCCGACGCAGCACCCGACAUCUGAGGAACUCAGUAUUGGGAAGAUCAAGUUCAAGGCUUUUGAUCUGGGGGGUCAUCAGAUCGCUCGCAGAGUUUGGAAAGAUUACUACGCAAAGGUUGAUGCAGUGGUAUACCUGGUGGACGCCUACGACAAGGAGAGGUUUGCGGAAUCAAAGAGGGAGCUUGAUGCCCUCCUUUCAGAUGAAGCUCUUGCGACUGUGCCUUUCCUCGUGCUCGGGAACAAGAUAGAUAUCCCAUAUGCGGCUUCGGAGGACGAGCUACGGUAUCAUCUAGGGCUCACCAACUUCACGACCGGCAAAGGGAAAGUGAAUCUUGCAUAUCAGACUGUUAGACCCCUCGAAGUGUUCAUGUGCAGCAUCGUCCGCAAGAUGGGUUACGGAGAAGGGUUCAAGUGGAUUGUAAUUGCUUUUUCAUUUUGA